CAUAUGCUUGGAAUCUUCAUUACCGUCAAGUUAAUUGCUAGAAUUUGAUAUCUGAACAGGAAAAGUAAAUAGUACCAAUCACGCGAUUUACUCAAGUUCUCCCCUUCGUUCUCACCCUUCUUGAUCUUUUCCUUGUCCUGUCCCUUUCACCUUUCAUUUUCCCUUUAUCUCUCUGCCUUUUUUUCUUCAUUUCUUUUGUCUUUUUUCUUUUCUGUUCGUUUUCUUCGUUUGAUUUUUAGAUGGAUAUGGAAACCCAUGAAGUUACAACUCUUGGGCAAUCACAUGAAAUCGACAAAAAGUAGCUCCACUUGUGGCACGGACAUCAUAUUACCCUGUUGAUGCUAGAUCAAAAUACUUGCUAUAAUAUUAAAAAGACAAACGGAAACUUCCAAAACACAGAUCGAAAUACUGCUAAUCAGUUCGUUUUCUGCUAAUCAAAAAGGCUAUCUUUAAGUUCAACUACAUCCAUUAGCAAAUUUGAGCUGUGAACUCUUCUCUGUAUCCUACAGGCUAAAAUGGCAGGUGAAGCAGUUAAUGUGAAUGAAUUUCAAGAGCUAGCUAAGAAAGCUCUUCCAAAGAUGUACUAUGACUUCUUUGCUGGAGGAGCUGAGGAUCAGUAUACACUAAAUGAAAAUAUAGAAGCAUUUCGUAGAAUCACUAUUAGGCCAAGAAUACUUAUUGAUGUGAGCAGGAUAGACAUGUCAACUACUAUACUCGGUCACAAGACGUCGGCUCCCAUUAUGGUUGCCCCAACUUCCUCACAUCAAUUGGCACAUCCUGAAGGGGAAGUUGCAACAGCUAGAGGUGCUGCAGCAUGUAAUGUUAUAAUGGGAUUGUCAUUUACGGCUACAUGUACCAUUGAGGAGGUUGCUUCAAGCUGCAACGCUGUUCGCUUCUUCCAAACAUAUGUUUACAAACGGAGAGAUAUAACCGAACUUAUGGUACACAAAGCUGAGAGCAAUGGAUUCAGGGCUAUAAUUCUCACUGCUGAUACUCCGAGGCUUGGCAGAAGGGAGACUGAUAUAAAGAAUAAGAUGAUUUCACCUCGCUUGAGGAACUUUGAAGGUCUUAUAACAACUGAAGUAGUUUCUGAUAAGGGCUCAAAUCUUGAAGCAUACGCUGCAGGAACUCUUGAUCCUUCGCUUUGCUGGAAGGAUAUAGCAUGGUUAAAAUCAGUUACCAAUUUGCCAAUUCUGAUUAAGGGCGUUCUCACUGGUGAAGAUGCAAUAAUAGCAGUUGAAGCAGGAGUUGCAGGAAUUAUUGUCUCUAACCAUGGAGCUCGGCAACUAGAUUAUACUCCAGCUACUAUUUCUGUUCUUGAAGAGGUGGUCAAUGCUGUUCAAGGCAAAGUUCCAGUUCUUCUUGAUGGAGGAAUUAGGCGAGGAACAGACAUAUUCAAGGCCUUAGCACUUGGCGCAAAAGCUGUUCUGAUUGGUCGACCGGUUGUCUACGGCCUGGCCACUAAGGGGGAGUCUGGUGUAAAGCAAGUUAUUGAAAUGUUGAAGAAUGAACUUGAGCAGACCAUGGCUCUUGCUGGCUGCUGCACGCUGAAUGACAUUACCAGAAGCCAUGUUAAGACAGAGAAAGAAAGGUUCCUUUGUAGGAUGUAGUUUCCAUCCUCUGUUAUUUAAAUGAGUUUAAGUUCUACGCACCGAUGAUGUAAAAAAAUAUUUAUACAAUCAGGUCACUUUAAAGUAAUUGCAGGUAAGUCUAUUUAAAUAGCA